AAAUUUACAAACUUUUUGAUAAUUUUUAAACAUUUAUGUAAAUUACUUCUUAUUUGUUAAUUAUUUAAUACCUAAUUUUGAUGUAUUUGUUCAUUUUCUCUUCUCGAUCUUUUUCUUUUUUUCUGUCCUUUCCCUUUGAUCUUUUUCUUUUUAUCUUAAUCUUUUUCCUUUCGUCUUUUCUAUCCUUUAUUUUCCUUUUAUCUUUUUCCCUUGAUCUUUUCCUUUUUACUUUUGUUAACUUAAAAAAAUACAAAAAUAAACUUCUGUACUUUUGCAUUCUUUUAUUUUCAUCAUUCUUUCUCAACAUCUAUUGUUGGUAUUUUGUUAGUGCUAUUAUUACCAUCAUUGUUAUUGUUAUUGUUAUUUUAUUAUUAUUAUUGUUGUUGUUGUUGUUAUUGUUAUUAUUGUUGGUAUUAUUUGUUAUUAUUGUCUUUGAUAAUACUACGUAAACUAACUUGUCAUCUUUUUUUUUUCCCUUCUUCAUUCUUCCUCAUCAUCUACUGUUGUUUAUGCUAUUUUUAUCACUGAUAAUAUUACACAAACAACUUAUUUCAUAUCAUAAUUUCAU